AGAAGAAGAAGAAGAAGAAGAAGAAGAGGCGCAGCAGAUGUGCACCUCUGGAUCAACCGGACACACACUGACUGAUGGGAAACACAAGAGGUCAUGAAAGAGAUUGAUACUGUGGGGGGUGAGAAAGAUGAUAACUGGGAAGAAAAUGCAGAGGAGGCUCCGAUGAGGCGUAGUUUCUCAGUUGAAGACCUUCUGGAUGAGGUGGAGAAGAUUUGUUACGAUGCCUCGGGGUCAUCAAAGGCGGAGAUGGUGGUGAGGCUGUGGAAGGACGGCUUCACUGUAAAUGAUCAGGAGUUUCGCAGCUACUCCAUACCAGAGAACCAGGACUUCCUGGAUGCAAUCAAGAGGGGAGAGCUUCCAGGAGAGUGGGAGAGCAGAGCGGAAGAGCAGGAGUUGGAGAUCAAUGUGGAGGACCUGACAGAGGAAAAUUAUGUUCCCAGGAAAAGGGCCUUUCACCCUUUUAGCGGCAGAGGAUACCGACUUGGCAGUGUUGCACCCAGAGUUGUGGCCAGGUCACCGUCUGUGCAUGAGGAUGGAGAAUCUCCUCCUAUUCCCAUGGUAACACUAGACCACGCCCUUCCUGUCACCUCCCUGCAAAUCUGGUUGGCAGACGGCAGGAGAUUGGUUCAGAGGUUUAACCUAUCGCAUCGGAUCACCGACGUGCAGGAUUUCGUAGGGCGCUGCCAGAGGAGCUGCCCGCCUUUCGUCCUGACCACAUCGCUUCCUUUCCGUGAGCUCGGCGACAAAGAGUUGAGCCUGGAAGAGGCCGACUUGGCCAACGCUGUCAUUGUCCAGAGACCCCUGAACACACAGGAGCCGUUUGGACAGUCCUGACCAGCAGGGCCCCUGUAAUUCACAUAACAGGCCACUUUUCCUCCUCACUGACACACACACCCACCACCCAGACAGCAACCUCAGUGCCCUCUGUAACUUAAAACCUUAAUAUUCAGCAUAUUGUGCUGCAUUUGAUGAUUGUUAUUUUCCCUCUACGGUCUCUGUGCGGGAUUAUCGAAUGGAAAUGUUGUCUGUUACUUACAAAGGUGCUGCUGAGGGGUUGUCAAUACUCUGUCUUCUUCC